GCCAUAAUAGGUCUUUGCCUGAAUCGGGGUCGGUGUCCAAGACACAUCGCCCUUGCUCCCGCAUUGCCGGGCCCAAUUGGUAACAGAGACCAACGGAGCCCGUCAAGAUGACACCUACAUCAGAGGGCCAUUUCUGAUGAGGACCCCCUACAAACCAAACUUGACCUUCUCAUGCUCUAGUCCGGCAUAAUUUCUCUCAAACCCCCACAAGCCUACAUUUCCUCAAGAGAUACCAAGGUCUCCGAGCGCAGUGGAAUUUUCCUCGGUCGACCGACGGAACGUCAAUAUCCUGAAGUUUGUCUACAGCCACCAUGGGUUUAGAUCAAAGACACAAGCGAGACGCAGAUGGUGACACCGAUACAUCAAAUCCCACGCACCCAACACUCAACACCAUCGAUUUUAACCUCCAAAUUGGCGUCGAAGAGAUUCUCACCGAUGUUGAUCCCGACGUCUCUCUAGAAUUCUUACAGAAGGCCGAGGCCCACUCCGGAAAGCCCCCUCCAACGCGCAUAUCGAGAGAAGUGCUCAUCAGCACGCACAACGACUACGUUGAGCAGCAACAAAAGUCAGGACAGCAGAAUGGACCGCGAAUGGUGAAGAAGGUCGUGUUGGCACUUUCAUAUCCGCCGUCUGUCAAGUCUGUGGUGGAUCUCUCGCUGAUGCGCCUUGACGAGCUUCUGGUGGAAAAUCAUCAUGAGGACAAAUACGUCGUUCUCAGGACAAUCGUUCAACCAUACGCUGGUGCCGGGACCAUUACUAUCGUCGAAGAUCAGUAUGGCAACGUUGAUAAGAUGGCGCUUUAUAAUCAGGGCAACUCUACAGUUUUACAGUCUAUCCCGAAAGGCUCGGUGGUCAUUGUAAAAGAACCGUACUACCGCUACAGCGGUGAUACCGACUUCAUGCUCUGCAUAGACCAUCCCUCGGACAUUGUGCUUCUUCGACAAGGUCCGGAUGAUGCGCUGAUCCCAGAGAUCUUCAGGAAGGUGCCCGAGUUCGAGACUGCAGCGGACUGGAAGGCUGCUGGGGAUCGAGCCUUUAUUUCCAAGAAUCUUCCAUUGGCAGCUGCGAAUUAUACCAGAGCUCUGGAGUUGGAGCUAGAAGGGGACACCUCCUUUCGUGUUGAUGUUCUGUUAAAACGAGCAGGCAUCAAUCUUACCCUCAAAUGCUUUGACAGGGCACUAUCAGAUGCCCUCUCCUCGAGAGGUGCAUCUUCAGACUGGAGACCUCAUUUCAUUGCGGGUAAAGCAGCUUAUGAACUCACGGAUUUCCAGACUAGCAAGCAAUACUUUGAAUCGGCUUUAGUGCUCAAACCCGAGGCAGGCAACAUCCGCAAGGAAUAUGAGAGGUGUAUAGCAAGGCUCGAGGAGGAAAAAGGCAACUACGAUCUCGCAGACAUGACAGCUAGCGUCACUUCGAAGAACAUUCACAUCGAUAGAGCAAGUUUCCUGUCACGCACCGAAGUCAGAGACUCGCCGCAUCAUGGGCGCGGCCUCUUCGCCACAGAAGACAUCGAGGCCGGGGAGAUGAUUUUCGCAGAAAGAGCAACCAGUGUCCCCAACGAAUUUAACCCAGAGCACAACGCAGCUGCAGCAUAUUCCCAGCUCGUGGAGCUUUGCGCAGAUAAUCCAACAAUUCACAACAAGAUUCUCGACCUCCACGGAGGGUCCUACAAGCGCACCGGCCAAGAAGGCACACUCGUAGGCGGCAGGCCAGUCAUCGAUGUCUUCCUUCUUGAGUCUAUCCGCCGCAAGAAUUGCUUCAGUGGCGCCCAGGUAUCGGCGCAGUCUGCGAAUCCGGAAUGGAACAUGUGGAAGCAGGGCAUGUCGCGCGGGCUCUGGGUGUAUUCGGCCUACGCCAACCAUGCGUGCCUUCCCAAUGCUAACAGGUCCUUCAUCGGAGACAUGCUCAUCGCUACGGCUACUAUGGAUAUUCCUUCCGGCACAGAAAUUACACAUAUUUACCUACCUCCCAAGGCGGCGUACCUUCUUCGCAUGCCGCAAUUCCGCCGCAGCUGGGGGUUUGUCUGUAGCUGCGCCCUCUGCGCCGGUGAAUCUGGGUCCUCGGCGGAGCAGCAUCAGAAGAGAAACGCUGCUCUUGCGGAGAUCGAGGCUCUGGUCAGGAGAAAACGUCCAACCAAGUUCUACCCCGACGCAACGAUUCGGCAGGUGGAGAAGCUAGCAAACAAGCUCGCUAAUCUUCAUGAGAAAGAGGUCUACGACGACCUUUCGUUACCGCGCUUAAUGCUCGUCUGGCCGACCAUGUGGCUCGUGGAAGUAUGGCACACGAGAAAGCAGUGGAAUAAGGUUGUCAAGUGGGGCAGCGAGGUUUUCCGCAACUUUGGCUUCGUCGAGCCUGUGAGGCAGGGGAGGCUGUGGAUGUAUAAGGACACCCAGGCGGCGACAACGUUUGAGGUCAUAAGGGCGUUGAAAUGGUCGGCUGAGGCGUACACGGCACUGGGCGAAGAGGCAUUGGCAAGAGAUUGCUUAGAUGCUGCGAGGAUUGGGCUGAAGACCAUGGUCGGGUUUGUCACGGACGACACAUUUGCAGCGUUCAAGUGAACCGUUCGUCGUUGUGCUUCUGUCAUUGACCGACCUUCCGUCCUAUUACAUUUUCCGCUUACCUCUCUUGAGUCCGGACGUCCCGCUCCCUCGGCAACUUACGAGUUACGCAUCACGCGAAAGGGAACGAUUGGUUUUGUUUGCGGUAUUUGUUUAUGUGCAGGACAACAGAUAUCAGAGGCUUGGCAAACGGCGCUCUUCUUGGCAUCACGGACGUUGAGCAUGAAUCAGGGCAAAGCGUUAUCUCUGCGAAGGACCCCUUCUUGGCAUUUCAAGGUUUUCAGCUGUGUGAACUUUCCCAGCCAUCAACC